AGGAGAGUGGAGCUUCCAGGUGCUUUGCCCCUAGUUAAAAGCCCAGUACGAGUGCAUAGUGAGAGUGGUCAGAGCCUAGCCAAGCCAAGCACCCUUCCUCAUGCUUCCUCUCUCCUCCACUUUCCUCCUCUCGCUCUCUCUUUCACUCCUCCUUUGCACCAGUGAGUGAGAGAGCACAGUCAUUCAGAAGGUGUGUCUGAAAUCUACUUCUAGUCAACUGGGAGACAGCUUUGCAAGGACAUUUUUCUUCCUCGCAUGGACUUUAAUUUUCUCCAGAGACAGAAAUAGGAACAAAAAGAAGUCCAGAUUUUUUUUCCUCUUCAUUUUUGAUAAAUUAAAUCAAUAUCUUACUUAAUCUAAGUUCUGAGAUAAUCCACAAGCAUUUUCAUUUAUUUCUUUCAUCGUGUCUGCUGUAUUUCUGAAGAUCAUGAGCAGAACAUAACAUACCUGCAGAAUCUACCUGCCUGAGACCCUGAGAUAUCCCUGAGCUUCUUCCUCAAGCAGAAGAGCAAGUUUGGAGAUUCUGAGCAAAGAAGACCAUGACACUGGUAUCCAUAUGUGUGCUGCUGCUGAUGUUGGGGCGUAAUGCUCUAUGUGGUGGCUAUGCCCCUAUGCCCCAGAUGAAGUACAUGCAGCCUAUGAUGAAGGGUCCUGUCGGCCCUCCCUUCAGAGAGGGGAAGGGUCAGUAUCUUGAGUAUCCACCUGCAAUGGAAGUAAAAGGGGAGCCAGGCCCACAAGGGAAACCAGGACCAAGGGGACCACCCGGGACCCCAGGAUUGCCUGGGAAACCUGGAAUAGGAAAACCAGGUCUAAAUGGUCAGGUAGGACCCCAGGGGCCAGCAGGGUUGCCAGGAAUUGGAAAACCAGGGCUACCUGGUCUGCCAGGAAAAAUUGGGCCCAAAGGACCACCAGGCAAAGAUGGUGACAAGGGACUUCAAGGUGAGCCUGGGCCACGUGGAUUAUCAGGGCAACCAGGAUCACCUGGUCCUGCAGGUCUCUCAUUAAAUGGAAAACCUGGGCUUCCUGGCGUUCGGGGCCCACCAGGAUCUAGGGGUGAUCCAGGACCAAAGGGUGUUCGUGGUUUACCUGGUGAGCAAGGAGUCAAGGGGGAAAAUGGCAAUGGCAAUCCAGGUUUACCAGGCCCCAGGGGACUUAAUGGUAUUCAGGGACCUCCUGGACCUCCAGGUAAUCCAGGUUUGGGAAAGCCUGGGCUGAAUGGGCCACCUGGUCCUUCUGGACUAAAAGGAGACCAGGGGCUUCCAGGGGACCAAGGUCUUCCGGGGAAACCAGGGUCUAUAGGACCACAAGGGCCACCUGGAGCAAGUGGAUUGGGAAAACCCGGGGUGGAUGGUGUACCUGGUAGACCUGGUCAAAUUGGACCAAAAGGUGAACCAGGUCCAAGGGGUGCUAAUGGGUUUCCUGGGGCUCCGGGUUAUGGCAAACCUGGUCUUGCAGGACAGAAAGGAGACAGAGGUCCUGGUGGAUUACCAGGACCUCACGGUGAUAAAGGGGAACCUGGAACAGGAGGCCUACCAGGGGCUACAGGGCCAACUGGGCAGCCAGGAACUUCAGGUUUACCAGGUCCAAUGGGUCUUCCGGGAAAACAUGGCUUGCCUGGUCUGAAGGGAGACAGUGGUCUGCAAGGGCCUCCUGGCUUUCCUGGAAUCAAAGGAGAUCAGGGUCCCAGUGGGUUGGCAGGAAAACCUGGCCUCCCGGGGGAUAAAGGGUUUCCUGGACCAAGUGGAGCCAUUGGAAAACCGGGUCCUAAAGGUGAUGCUGGACACAUUGGUUUGCCUGGAAAUCCUGGACCGAUUGGGCCUCAAGGUCCCAAAGGAGAAAAUGGCCUUUCAGGGUCCCCAGGAUCACGUGGUAUAGCAGGAAUUCCUGGGAUACCAGGGCCCACAGGCCAUAUGGGACCGCAGGGUAUUCCAGGAUUGAAAGGAGAGCAAGGCCCACCAGGAGCCCCAGGAAAUGGUAAGAAUGGGGAUGAGGGAAAACCAGGUCCACAGGGACCACCAGGAAAACCAGGACUUAGUGGACUAAAUGGCCCCCGAGGCCUUCCAGGUCCACCUGGCCCACCCGGCCCACCUGGUCCUUCUAAUGGAGAUACCAAAGUGGCAGUGUCAGGGCCUGAUGUUGGUGGAGAAACAGUACCAGGUCAAAAUGGAAAACCACAAUAUAGAAUCGAACUUUCUGCUACUGCAGCUCCUGCUUUCACUGCUAUACUCACAACACCCUUUCCACCAUCUGGUAUGCCUAUUAAAUUUGACAGGACUCUUUACAAUGGGCAGAAUGCUUAUAACCCAACCACUGGCAUCUUCACCAGCCCAAUGCCUGGAGUUUACUACUUUUCUUACCAUGUUCAUGUAAAGGGAACCAGCCUAUGGGUGGCACUAUACAGAAACAAUGUGCCUGCUACAUACACAUAUGAUGAAUACAAGAAGGGAUAUAUGGACCAGGCAUCAGGAAGUGCAGUGCUGGAGCUAAAAGAAAAUGACCAGGUUUGGGUGCAAAUGCCAUCUGACCAAGCAAAUGGGCUCUACUCCACUGAGUACAUUCAUUCAUCCUUCUCAGGCUUCCUACUGUGUCCAACAUAACAGGCCAUCUUACACAUCAUUCAAAUUCUAGUAGUCUGCAGUCACAGUAGAAAUGCCUGUAACAACAAAAACAGAAAAGACUGGAAAACAUAAAAAACAAGAUAAAAGUAGGACAUGGAAACUUUAUGCUGUUUGUGUUUUAGUGCUUUAAAAUGUCUGAAUUUCUUAUGGUUUUACGUUAAGUGUGUUUGAUUUCUUCUGCAUAUAGUAUGUUAUUAUAACUGUUGUAUUAAUAUUGUUGUUGUUAUUCAUGUACUUGAUCUUACUGUUUAUUGGAAUCAGACAAUGCGUAAGUAACAGUUUUAGCCAUGUGACUGCACACUAUGCCAAAAUGGUUAAUUCAACUCCAUCUUUUUGACACUGGGGGAGUGUGUUCCCCUGACUGCAGUCACAUUUAAUUUUAACUUUCUCUUUUAUCCCCUUUUAAAUAACAGUCAGUUUUAUAUUUCACAAAUUAUUUGUGAAAAUAAGAAAAUCGUAAUUUCAUCUGUACUUACCUGGUGAUUCUAAGUGACUAAAUAAAAAAAAAAUUUUUUUUUUGUCUACAGUCAUACAUGAUACCAUUCAUUGCUACUCUUUGUGAUUUGAUGGUAACUAUUGUUCUUAUUCUUGAAGUGUAAGCCUUUACUUGACAAUUCAAAAUGUUUACUUUGAAUGCAAACUGAGCUUCUGAUGUGUACCAAUACUAAUGACAUCAUGAUUAUUAUCUCUCUCUAUAAUGCUAGCAUAUAUUUUAUGAGUACAUUUCAGCAAAUAACCAACAGUUAAUUGUUUGCCCAUUAACAUAUGAUUGCUUGUAUAACAUAUGUAAACGAGUCUUUCACUUCUUUCAAUUCUUUAUAAUAUCUAUUCUGAUAUUCAAGAUAGUCCAUGUAAGAGAAAUAACAUGAUAUUGGCAAUUAUCCAAUUUAUCAAUUUUGUACUUUUUAAACACUACUCAUCUUCACUAUUAGAUAGCUAUGUGUUUGAUGUGUCAAGUAAUCCACAAGUGAUUCAUUUUCAAAUUAUUUCUAACUUCCCAACUAUACUAACAUUUAAAACUUAAAACUACAUAUAAAUCAGUUCAUGUAUUUUGUAGACAGAUAUUAAAUGAACAGAUUUAAUUAAUGCACUGGGUUCAUGUAUUAAAAAUAUUAAAAUAUUAAAUAAUUCUUGUGUGCUAGUAUACAAGGAAUCAGACAUGGUGGCUACUGAGUGUUAUUAAGUGAAUUAUCUUUUUGCAACAGAUGCUGUUUAGCCACCUAGCCUGUCAUUUCUAUUCUUUGGAAUAUUAAAUUUAUUUCUAAGUCAUGACGUGCCAUUUUUCACAUUUACCAAAUUAAAUGUAACGUGAAUAAACUGUUGCCAUACUAUUGCAUUGACUGGUUCAGUGUCAGUUAUGAAUGCAGGAAAUGAUCCAGACUACUGUGAAAUGAAAAAAGACAUUACAAUGGGAUUUUUAGUUAAGGCCAUAUCAGCAUCUAAAUUUUAUAGUCUAUAUGUUUCAGCCGAUAUUUGCUCUGUUCUCAUAAAAUUGGGACAAUUAUUAGUUCAUUAGUAUGUCAGUAUUAUAAAAUAUUAAGAUAUAUAUAAUAAACAUUAAACAAUAAACAGUAAUUAAAACAUCAAAACAUUAAAAUAAGAAAUGAGUGUUCAAUAAUCAGUUUGAAUGGCUUUUAAACAAACUGAUUAUACAGAUGAUGCAAGAGUCAUACAAUUAUUACUUUUUUAUAUACUUGCAUAAAAGCAAAAGAUAAUUAAAUACUUACAGGAUUGUAAGUUGCUUUAACUGUGGUGCAGUAAUGGCUAUUGAUGUAUAUUAUACUAUCAAAAAUACAUUAAAGUUGUCAGUUAAAAUUAACUAUUUUCAAUCUUGCUAUGCUUUAGAUUGACUCAUAAUAAAAAAGAAAAAUGGCUAAACACAAUAACUGCCUGUUAUAAAAUAAACAACAUUUUCAGGAAGGCAUAAUUUAUACACCAUCUUACCUUUGCCAAAACAAUUUUAUACAUGAGCCAACUCUUUUUUCACAUGAAUACAGUAGAUACAGCAGAGUUUAUAUUGAAGCAAAGUUUGUCUAUCAUACUAAGGAUGUCAAGAUUGAAUCAGAGCAGAGCAAUAAUAAGUAACAGAAAUAAAUAUGCAAAAUAAAUAAAUGAAAGAAAAACUGAAAAGAAGCAAAAAAUAAAAAUAAAAAUCAAUAUUAUUAAAAUUAUCAUAAUUUAUUUGGGCUACUACAUAUACUGCUAAAUAUACCAGUGUGGUCUAUCAGCAUUUUCUCAGCAGCUUACUGUAUUUACUUACAGCAGCUUACCUUUUAGAUACUUAAAGCAUAAGAUGCAUAUUUCCAUUUUUAAACAUGUAUGUAAAGUUUUGGUUUUCAAUAUUGUCAAACCUGCUUCUUGAUGUCUGUUUAAAUUACAGAUUUUAUUUCAAUUCCGUUUCCUUCAGAGUCCUUUGAAAAACAACAACAACAAUAAUAAUAAUAAUAAUGUCUGUAAGGGUUUUUUGUUGUUUUAAUAAAUACAAAUAGUUGGUCCCUUUUGCACAUGAAUUUCAUGAAGGUGUAUUUAAGCAUAUGGACAAAUUGACAAGAAAUAAAACAUAUGAAUAAUUAAUUGUAUGUAUGUGUGUAUUAAUUAUUUUAUUAUUAUUAUUAACCUAUUUAACAACAUAAAUACGUUACCUUGUAGUUAGCGUACUAUUGUUGCUUAAGAAAUAUUUGUAACUAUUAUUUCUUUCACUUUUUUAAUGUACUAUGUAUCAGACUAUAGGAGUUUGUGUUUUAUCUGUUGCAUUGAUGCUGUGCAGUAGACAUUAUCUGUUGAAUGCACUCCUUUGACUGAAGGUUUUGUCAAUUUAUACAUUUGCAAUACUUGAUAGUAUUGAUACAACGUCAAUAAAGAUUUUCUUGAAAAAA